CACGUCAGGGAUAAUCUACAUCAGAAAAUUAGCUUUUUGUGAAUAACAGCAGAAUUGUUUUUAUUUUUAAUCAUGAUCCUCUGGCAAGUGUUAUGAACCUGAAAACAGUUUAAUACGAAUUCUCCAUUGACGUUUCAGGUAAUCGGUCGAAGAUAAAAAUAAAUUCCUACGCAGAGUUUAUGCAGGUAUAGGUUAGGAAAUUAUGAUGAUGGCGGCCAUAUUGAAAACGAGUUUGACCGGUGGGAGAGUUUGUAGAAAGAUACUUUACUCUGUCACAGACCGACGUAGCGCAACAUCUCAAGCUCGUAGCAAAACUAAAAUGGGCAAACUCACAUCUCAGGAGCGAGAAAAAGACUUGAGCCCAUUACUGAGCAAUGGAUGGACCGUACAAGAUUCGCGAGAUGCCAUCUAUAAAGAAUUUCUAUUCAAAAACUUUAAUCAGGCAUUUGGCUUCAUGUCAAGGGUAGCACUGCAAGCUGAGAAAAUGGAUCAUCACCCCGAAUGGUUUAACGUUUAUAACAAAGUGCAGAUAACUUUGUCUUCCCAUGAUGUAAACGGAUUGUCUCAAAGGGAUGUUAAGCUAGCUACGUUUAUCGAUACCGUUGCUAAAACAUCCAACGAAUGAUCGUGAAAAGAGGAAAAAAAAUUCGAAUAAAUCAAUCAUUCGAUUAUAAAACUUAAGGCACGGAAAAGCGACCUUGAUUUAUUCAUUACAGCACCUUUGUCAGUUAGUUGGUGGAGCUUAUUCUUUCAAAUAUACGUAAUAUAUUUCAUGCAUGUUUGAGAUACUAACCAUCUAAUCGAAUGUAAAAAACGAUGAAAUAAAACAAUUUUCAAUUUUUGUUCCUAA